CUAUGGGUGUCACAUCGCUUAUAAUCAUGAGAAUAAUCAUCAUUCUUCUGUACGCUCUCGCAGAUCAGGUCACAAGCCAAACUAAUGGAUGACCUUUGGAUCGAUAACAAGAUACAGAGGGAAGAACAAAGUGACACCCUCUUCACCGUGCACAGAGUCGGUCUUAAUCACAGUGGAAGCUACAGCUGUGUUUACUCCUUAAGGAAUGAUUUGCUUCCCAAAGUAGCGAAGAGAGGACACAACAUCAUUGAGAUUCUGGUUGUAUCCAAUUUUCUCCCCGCAGAUAUUUCAGUAGCUGGGCCGUCCACUGUCGGCGAGGGAGACGAUGUUACAUUCAGAUGUACUGCUUCUGACACCCUGCAAACAAUUGAUGAAUGUCAACUCAUCCACUCUUACCUGAGGAAGAAUGACAGCAUCCUCCAAGUGCAGACAUUUCAUGUCACCCGGAGGGAGGCCAUUUUCACCAUCGAAGGUGCCGUCAUGAGGGAUUCGGGCGAUUACAGCUGCGUGGUGCUGCCAUCUAAAUGCAUCCAAGAGCAUGAGAAAACACUCUAUGGAAAUAACACAGUAGUGCUCAAGGUCAAAGGAAAUAUGGACUUUAGGAUGAUUAUCACGUGUGGAGUGAUAACCCUGAUGUUGUUACUGGGUCUGGGUCUGUGGUGGAUCAACAAACGAGCUGGCCACUAUUUGUCCAAGUCAUUUGUGGCGAGUCUGCAGGCCGACAUGGUGGAGGAACAGCAGGUGCAGACAGAGGGGGAGGAUCUGGAAGCACAAGAUGUUUCAGAAGACUCUUUCAGCAUGGAGCAGGACGAAGAGUAUCAAAACGUAUCUGUUCAGGCCGUUCCUCACGCUGAUGACUUUGAGGGAGUCUACAAUAUGAUCAAUGAAAUACCAGAUGCAACAUGUGAGUAUGCCGUGUCCUCGCGACAGAAGAAGAAACCCAGAUCCACCGCUCACCUCAUCGCUUUCAGACCACUUCACACUUCAUGAGGAAGGAAAUGAAUGUUAAUAUUUAGAACGGAGGAAUGAAGUUGUUCCGGAACAUCUGAACUUCAAAUGAUUCUUAUUCUUAUUAAUAUUAUUAUCAGUCCAGCUGAACGGCAAUACAGCAGGAGGAAUACAAAAUGUCCUCAUACAUUAAAUGCUUACAUGGAUCCCUUUUUUAUUUCA